CUCUCUCUCUCUCUCUCAACCAAACAUUAGAUAAUUAAUAAAGAAAAAUAUCUGGAAAAAAAUAAAUAGCUGAAAAUUUAAUUAACAAAAAUCAAAAUGGAACUUACAAACUCAUGAAUUUUAGUAUUUAUCGAAUAAUCGUUUGAUAAUCGAUUACUGAGAAAUUUCACCUUGUAAUCGAUUACUUGAUUACGCCCACCACUACUGAAUGGUGAGAUAGAGUUCAGUGAAUGGAUCGAGUUCAUUGCCUUUGUCAUGCCAGCCAGCAGCCUUGGAGGAUGUUUGGAUCUAAGAAGCAUAUUACUUAACACCUAACACCGAGCCUUGCCGAACACGUACUACAUGUAAAUAAAAUUUAAUAGCCAUUAUAAACUAGACGACACGAGCAUUAAUAAUUACUGUAUUUGAACUUUAAAUAGAAAUGUAUGAUAGAUAUUUUAGAACUCCAGCUGGAGAUUAAUUUUCAGGUAUGGAGUAAUGGAUCGAGUAUAGGACGCUGCAUGGAAUUCCUCAUAUCCUAAAGCUGCAGACACAUCGCAUAACAUAAAAGCAGUAACAGCCACAGGUACUGAAAGCUGGAAACUGUGCCAGACAUGCCAUACAUCUGGCUCUCCCUCACCCCUUUCAAUUUUUUUUCUUUUUUACAUUUUCUAUCCAUACCAUCCACCAAGUUAACGUUCGAAUGGAUUGUUCAUCUGUUUGAUAAAUAUUUUAUUAAUUUUGCUCAAAGCAGGUGUUUGAAGUGGCCCAGGUAAGGGUUUAGCGGAGAGGCAGAAGCACCACCUGGAUAUGAACCGCGAGUAUUGAUUUAAAUGUCAGUCCCGAAUUCUAGUUGGUGUCAUUGCGACGAGUUUCCAGUAUCGGCUCGGAACACACUUGAACAACUGUUUUUUGUGUUCAUUUCAUAUAUAUAACUAUUGCAAGGAAUGCUUAAAUUUCAAUUUCAAUAGUUAACCAACAAAUCAGCGGUCCCGAGUGUCGGUGUGGCUGUGCCUGCAGACUGGCGGUGUCUGUCCACUGUCUGGCGGCGGGCGGCUGUAGUCUGCUGUCUGAAGCGGGGCUGGUGGUGGCCAGCUUCACGUAAAUCAGGGCUUGGAACUCAGACUCUUAGCACCCAUGCCUCUUCUCGUCAUACUAAUUAAGCAUUGUUGAGGUGCAGCGAUAGAAAAGCUCCCCUCCAGGCGGACAAUCCGCCGCAGUGUGCCUGGCGUGGCUGGGUGCAGCGGCUCGGCCCGUUCCCCGCCAGUCCGUGUGUCUGUCAGCCUCUGCGGAGCACUGUCGGCGCGGGUUCCACUUUUUGCUCAUAUUUUCGUCACCCCAACGCCGGAUCAGACUCAGGUGGCGGCGGCGGGUGUGUGUGUGCUCGGAGUGCAGUGUGAGGAAGUGAAGGGCGGGGUGUGCUGAGCCAGGCGCCGCCGUAUUGAUGAAAUGGCCCCUACAGGCGAGAUGAUGGCAGCGACCCGUGGCAGAUUUAUGUCACCUUGACUGAAAAUCUGAAUUUGCCACCAGCCAUAGCAUGCAUACUUCAGAAUCGCGGGAUGGUCUGUUUCAAGACUUAAGUGUAUAUGAAAAAGAAUCCAGAGUUGGAGGACAAAAGCAUAGCCCUUGUCCCAGUGGUAGAAAAAAGACACACACUAUAAAAAGACUGCACAGCAGCUGCAGAACUUCAUGGAAGAAGAGUGACAAAGGGGACUACCUAGAGGACAGCCAAGGGGACGACGACGUACCAGUUGAAAGCUUCCUUUCUUACAUUGAGAUAAAGGAGGCUCCCCCAACUGCUGCAAACUUCAACUUCCAUAAUCUUUUCUAAUGGGGAAACAGGAGGAAGGGAGAGCACUAGAGAACCCUGUAUUUGUCGCCUAGUUAAUGGUGCCAUGUCCUACAAGAUUAACACAAUUUAUCCAGACUGUCAACUGAGUUUAAGGAAGACUCUCUCACAUCCAAUGAGAAUGGCAGCACUGACUCAGUGUACAGCUAUGAAAACAGAGUUGCCAUGGAGCUACUGUACAAUGCAGUGACUGAUGAACAGAUGCAAGUGAAGUGUUCCCGUGCAGCAGCAGCACAGAGAGCAAGGCGACGAAAGGAACUAAAAAAGAUGACAGAAGAGGAAAUCAAAGCAAGGCGGGCAGCAGCUGCCAGAGCCCAAAGGAAAAAUCGGCAAAAACGACUUGAAAUGAUGACAGAUGACCAAAGAGCUCAAUACAGAGCUGCUGUGGCUAAUGCUCAGAGAGUACGAAGACACCUACGCCUUGACAAAAUGUCAGAGGAAGAGAGACGCUCAGAGCGAGCACUGCAAAGUUCUCUGGCAGCCAAGCGAAGGCGCAUGCGAGAGGAAAAAAUGAGUAAGGAAGAGAUUCAGGCCCGUCGUGCAGCAGCAGCAGCCCUGCAGAGGAGAAAACGGCAGAUGAAACGUGAGCAAAUGAGUGACGAUGAGCUGAAGGAGCGUCGUGCAGCAGAAGCAGCUUUGAGACGCCAGAGGCGGCAGACCAUCGUGACAGAGGAGGAGGAGCCUGCACCCGAGAACUCUGAAGAACCAGCCAAGAAAGUCCGGCGCCACCGCCAGAAAGAAUACUCUGAGAAGGAUGAGGAGUUCCAGCCACAGGGACAGACAACAACAGCAGGGGGAGGGGUGUUGCAGCACGACUACUACCACUACCGGAAGGAGUAUGGGGUGGAGGGCCAGCAGCCUCCCAGCAUGGAAGGGGAUCCUACUCCUGAAAAUUUAAUGGUGCAAAUCCUGAUGCAAGCACAGAAUGCAGCAGCCCACCAGUCUUACCAAGAUGACCGUAUGAAGAUGGAAUCAUCAGGACCACAUUAUCCUUCCACAAACCAGCUGGUUGAGGCACACCAUUUGGCAGCAUCCUAUGCUAUGGGCCAGGCCUACCAGGAGAUGCCCCAAAAUGAUCGGAAGGACAUGAUGUAUUAACCACAAUUCUCUGUUAUCAUACAAAUAACAUCAGAUCUUGCAUGGUGCUGGGUACUGCCAGUAGGACACAUUCAUAGUAUUCUAUUCUUAGUAACCAUAGACUAAUACCUUAGCAAGUAUCUUGGAUGAUGCCAUCUAUGACCCAUCGUUUCAAAUUCUGAAAUGAAAUGUGUAAACAAAGUGUGAUCAUUUAGACUCCUUGAAAAAAUGGAAAGUGAUAAUGCAAAAAUUCACAUAACAUCAAUCUUCAACUAUCAAGGUGUGGAAACUGCCUCAAGAGUGAAGAAAAACAGCUACAAACUGUACGGCAACUGAUGUUAAGUGUAUCUAAGAUUAGUGUGUUAAAAUUUAACCAUUACCUAAUUUAUAAAAUAUUUAUAAAUAACAGAAAAUAACUAAAAAAAAAAAGCUUGAGGAGAAAAACAUUACCAAGUUUAAAAAUUGAGAAGCCGAAUGGAAAUGACUUGAUAAUUUGGUCAGUUAUUCAGAAUUUUCUUCUUGGUGAGCUGGAGUUUAAAGUGUGCAAGAUUGAAAUCAGAAAAGGUGUCAUUUUUCUCUUAUACUUUUAUGGCUAAUAUUUUGGCAUCAAUGAAGGCCUUUGUGGUAAUUUAAGAUUUCACUUAUCAAUGUAAAAGACAAAAGUUACUGACAAAACCCAGUGUAUGGUGUACUACAUAUACUUGAAAUGACUUUUCCUAAUUAGAAACAAAAUUUUUGCCCAGUGCUUAAAUGAAGAAAACCCCAAAAGUGCAUCAUUUUGUGCCCCUAAAUUGGCUCACUUUGAUUCCCUGAAAUAAGUUCACAGCUAUGAUGGGACAUCAGUAUUUUAUUGUUUUAUUGUUGUAUGUACCUUUACAAAAAUAUAUUUGUCCAGACUGUGCUAGGUUAUCUCUGUUUUUAGUGUAUUUAAAAUGAAGCUUUAGUUUAGUGUAGGCAGUUAAUGAACCUGAUAUACCUAAAGUUCAGAAGCUAUGAUAAACCAUCUUGAAGAAUAGCUCAGUUCCAUUGGAGUGUGAUGGGUGAAGGUUUUGAGCUGAAUAUUGUCUCUGUUUGGGUGAUCAGACUAUAUCUUGAAAAAUUUGUAACAAUAUUUUAAAAUUUGUAUCCCCAAGUCAGCCGGACACCACCAUGAAAAAAAUAUUGCACAAACUUCGACAUAGUUAUAUGUCAACACUUGAACCAAGUAUUUAAUGUCCCUUCUCUCUCAGUAGUAAGGUGAUAACAAUGAGUAUGUUUUGUUGGGGCUGCAUGAAAAGUUCAUACCAAUAGUGCUAUUGUGAUGGAAUAUCAAUUACAGGUGUGUAAACUAUCAUGUGUAACUUUUAACUGGAAGAAUGUGUAAUGUGUAUAAGUAGUGGGUAAUAAUGAGGAUGUGUGUAUUACAAAAAGAAAAAUUAUGGUUUUCCCCAAGCACGAAAAAAUAUGAGAAGGGAAUUCUGGAUUACUAACCCCAGCAUGCAUUAGAAUUCAAAUAAGUUAUCAUCAUACCUUUAGGUCUUGGAGCAUUCAAACCUAAAAGAUUAAUUCUGUUUUAUAUAUAUGUUCUUCAUUUUAUUUUUUAUUUAUUUAUUUUUUUAUUUUUUAUUUUUUUUUUCCAAGCUCUUAAACUGGGUCAUAUCUUGGAUGGAAUUAUCAUGCCCAUAUGGCUUUGGUAUCACGGUCUCUGCCAGUAUGUGUAGUAUUUUAUAACAAGAUAAUAACAAAACAUAACUUGAAAUAAAGUUUUAUUUGAUUCCAAAUAAACUUAAUUAAAAUUAAACUUUAGUUAUAACUGAAAGGACUGAGCUUUUUCAAGGUAGAAAUGUUAUUGUGUAUUCUAAAAUAUAUGAGGGAUGUUAUACUACAAUUUAAUGAUAUAAUAGAUUU